AACCACCUGCGCUGCUGAACUGUAGAGACUGCAUCACCGGGAUCCAUGAAAAGUGAAGGGAACAGACUUUGGGGCGAUGGAUUCCGGGGUCGGCAGAACCUGAAGCCUGGGGAACUUUGGAUCGGCGGAACCUGAUGCUGGCGCCCACAGGGCCACACGGACUCUGUUUGGAACGGAAACGCAGUGGGCGGCGUUUCCUGGUGGCGGGUUGGGGCGGAGUGCCGGGGCUUGCCGCAGCGAUGCUGCCCUACACGGUGAAUUUCAAGGUGUCGGGACGAAUUCUCACCGGCUCCCUCAACGCCCACAACAAGGCAGCGGUGGACUGGGGCUGGCAAGGUUUAAUUGCCUAUGGAUGUCAUUCGCUUGUGGUAGUGAUUGAUUCCAGUACUGCCCAAACUCUUCAAGUUUUAGAAAAACAUAAAGCUGAUAUUGUCAAGGUUAAAUGGGCCCGGGAAAACUAUCACCAUAACAUUGGCUCACCAUAUUGCUUGCGCUUAGCUUCUGCUGAUGUCAAUGGGAAGAUCAUUGUUUGGGAUGUAGCAGCAGGAAUAGCUCAGUGUGAGAUCCAGGAGCAUGCCAAGCCUAUUCAGGAUGUUCAGUGGCUGUGGAAUCAAGAUGCCUCGCGAGAUUUACUGCUUGCUAUCCACCCGCCAAAUUACAUCGUGCUUUGGAAUGCAGAUACUGGCACCAAACUGUGGAAGAAGAGCUAUGCAGAUAACAUUCUUUCUUUUUCUUUUGACCCUUUUGAUCCCUCACAUUUAACUUUACUCACCAGCGAGGGUAUUGUUUUCAUCUCAGACUUCUCUCCAUCCAAGCCUCCCUCAGGCCCUGGGAAAAAAGUUUACAUAUCCAGCCCACACUCCAGCCCAGCUCAUAACAAGCUGGCUGCAGCCACAGGUGCCAAGAAGGCUCUUAAUAAAGUAAAAAUUUUAAUCACUCAAGAGAAACCUAGUGCUGAAUUUGUAGCUCUCAAUGAUUGUCUUCAGUUGGCAUAUCUGCCUUCUAAAAGGAAUCAUAUGUUGUUACUAUAUCCUCGAGAAAUUUUAAUCCUUGACCUUGAGGUGAAUCAAACAGUGGGAGUGGUCGCAAUAGAGCGCACAGGAGUUCCAUUUUUGCAGGUAAUACCGUGCUUUCAGCGUGAUGGUUUAUUUUGUCUACAUGAAAAUGGUUGUAUAACCUUACGUGUUCGAAGAUCUUAUAAUAGCACUUUCAUCACUUCAAAUGAGGAACCAGAUCCAGAUCCCGUUCAGGAGCUUACCUAUGAUUUACGAAGCCAGUGUGAUGCAAUCAGGGUGACAAAAACCGUUCGUCCCUUCAGUGUGGUGUGCUGUCCUGUCAAUGAGAAUGCGGCUGCCCUCAUAGUGAGCGAUGGCAGAAUCAUGAUAUGGGAGCUCAAGUCCUCUCUUUGUACUCGAAAUUCACGGAGUAGUAGUUCUGGUGUGUCACCUUUAUAUUCACCAGUGUCUUUCUGUGGAAUUCCUGUAGGAGUGCUACAGAAUAAACUCCCAGACCUUUCCUUAGACAACAUGAUUGGACAGAGUGCAGUUGCUGGUGAAGAUCAUCCUAAAGGCUCCAUUCUGCAGGAAGUGCACCUCAAAUUUCUGCUAACAGGACUGCUUUCAGGACUGCCCUCACCACAGUUUGCUAUUCGUAUGUGCCCCCCACUGACUACAAAAAACAUCAAAAUGUAUCAACCAUUGCUUGCUGUUGGUACAGGUAAUGGUUCUAUCCUGGUGUACCAUCUCACCAGUGGUCUGCUACACAAGGAGUUAAGCAUCCACUCAUGUGAAGUCAAGGGUAUUGAAUGGACAAGUUUGACUGGCUUUCUUUCUUUUGCUACCUCAACACCAAACAAUAUGGGAUUAGUGAGAAAUGAACUUCAGCUGGUUGAUCUUCCAACAGGUAGGAGCAUUGCUUUUCGCGGCGAACGAGGCAAUGAUGAAUCACCCAUCGAAAUGAUUAAAGUAUCUCAUUUGAAGCAGUAUUUGGCAGUUGUAUUCAGAGAUAAACCCCUGGAGUUAUGGGAUGUUAGGACUUGUAUGCUUCUUAGAGAAAUGUCUAAAAACUUCCCUACAAUAACUGCUUUGGAGUGGUCACCAUCUCACAAUUUGAAGAGCCUGAGAAAGAAGCAACUUGCUACUCGAGAGGCCAUGGCCCGCCAGACUGUAGUCUCAGACACAGAGCUGAGUGUUGUUGAGUCAUCUGUGAUCAGCUUGUUGCAGGAGGCAGAAAGUAAAUCUGAACUCAGUCAGAACAUUUCUGCCCGGGAACAUUUUGUUUUUACUGAUAUUGAUGGCCAAGUUUAUCAUCUCACUGUUGAAGGAAACUCAGUGAAAGACAGUGCUCGAAUUCCACCAGAUGGAAGUAUGGGUAGUAUUACCUGUAUUGCUUGGAAAGGUGAUACGUUAGUGCUUGGAGAUGUGGAUGGAAAUUUAAAUUUUUGGGACUUGAAAGGCAGAGUAUCCAGAGGAAUACCUACACACCGAAGUUGGGUGAGGAAGAUUCGUUUUGCUCCUGGUAAAGGAAACCAAAAAUUAAUAGCAAUGUACAAUGAUGGAGCUGAAGUAUGGGACAGUAAAGAGGUUCAGAUGGUGAGCAGUUUAAGAAGUGGAAGAAAUGUAACCUUUCGGAUAUUGGACGUGGACUGGUGUACAUCGGAUAAAGUGAUCCUGGCAUCAGAUGAUGGGUGCAUCAGAAUUGUAGACAUGUCUAUGAAGUCUGCCUGCUUUAGAAUGGAUGAACAAGAGUUAACCGAGCCGGUGUGGUGUCCAUACUUACUUGUUCCAAGAGCCUCCCUUGCCUUGAAAGCCUUCUUAUUACACCAGCCUUGGAAUGGACAGUAUUCUUUGGACAUUUCAUAUGUUGAUUAUCCAGAAAAUGAAGAAAUUAAGAGUCUCCUUCAAGAGCAGUUGAAUUCAUUGUCUAAUGAUGUAAAGAAACUACUGCUUGAUCCAGAAUUCACUCUCUUGCAGAGAUGCCUGCUUGUGUCAAGGCUUUACGGUGAUGAGUCAGAGUUGCACUUCUGGACUGUUGCUGCCCACUACCUGCAUAGCUUGUCCAAGGAAAAGUUGGCAGGCACAAAAACUGCUAAAGAAGCUGCUUCCUGGGACAAAUUGAACAACCCGCUAGAUAUAUGUUAUGAUAUACUCUGCGAAAAUGCCUAUUUUCAGAAAUUUCAGCUGGAAAGGGUUAAUCUGCAAGAAAUAAAACGGUCAACUUAUGAUCAUACAAGGAAAUGUACAGACCAGUUACUCCUCUUGGGUCAAACAGACAGAGCUGUGCAGUUACUAUUGGAAACAAGUGCAGAUAACCAGCAUUAUUACUGUGAUUCACUGAAAGCCUGUUUGGUCACUACUGUCACCUCAUCAGGCCCCUCUCAGAGCACCAUUAAGUUGGUGGCAACUAAUAUGAUUGCCAAUGGCAAGUUGGCAGAGGGUGUUCAGUUGCUUUGCCUGAUAGACAAGGCUGCAGACGCCUGCCGCUACCUGCAGACAUACGGCGAGUGGAAUCGGGCUGCAUGGUUGGCAAAAGUCCGUUUAAAUUCUGAAGAGUGUGCUGAUGUUUUAAAGCGGUGGGUUGACUACCUUUGUUCUCCACAAGUCAAUCAGAAGUCAAAGGCCCUCCUGGUCCUCCUCUCUCUGGGCUGCUUUUCCAACGUGGCAGAGAUGCUUCACAGCAUGAGAUAUUUUGAUAGAGCUGCCUUGUUUGUGGAAGCUUGUCUCAAAUGUGGUGCAUUUGAAGUCAAUGAAGAAAUGGAGAAACUCAUCGCUGCUAUAUAUGUAGAUUAUGCCCGAAGUCUGAAAAACCUUGGUUUUAAACAGGGAGCAAUUAUUUUUGCUUCAAAAGCUGGAUCAGUUGGUAAAGAUUUAUUGAGUGAGCUUGAAUCCCCCAAGGAAGAAACUACUGAAGAAUAACAGGCUAAUAUAUGCCAGGAAAUUUGACCCUGGAGACAGAUGGGAAGGGGGCUGAUCUGACUGUAGUCACCAUCACAGUCCAGGCUAACAAGGAAGACAGGGUCCUGUGAGUGUUUCUAAGGCUAUGUGUGCACAAUGGCAUAUGAGCAUCUAUAUUGGGAGCAAGUUUUGUAACCUGUUUUGAUCUCAGAAAAAAUGUGAAUGCUUAAGAUUUUGAAAGUGCAUAACAUUUUAUACUUCUGGAGAGAGAGCUUUAAGAGUCCCUGGGAAAUACUUGUAACUUUUUUAUACUUAAAAUUCAAGAGAUUGAAUCACUUUUCUCAUUGAAUGAAGAUGUUUGAGAAACCUGUAGUAUAUGACAUUUGUGAGACCUUUUCUCAAAUAUGUGCUGUGCCUGUAUUUAUAUACAAUCAUUCAAGAUAAAGACAGGGUAGAAACAUUUAAACAUUAAAGAUAGCUUACCAAAGUAUUCUUUUUUUGUUUUCUUACCUUGAAAACACAGAAAUGUUGAUUCCUUGGUUAAGGCGGUUGCUAAAUUUUGUAAUUUUAGGCUCAUAGGCUCAUAGGGAGGUAUUAAGCUUUAUGCUUAGUUCCAGUAGGUGAAGUCUUUGAUACUUUGAUUUGAACUCUUUUUAUGGUGCAUUACAGUAACCUCAUUUUUGAAAUCUGUCUUUGUACUUUAAUUUUUUGUCUUUGUUCUUCUGAUAGCUGAAAUAUAAUGAUAUGUAACUUAUAAAUUAUUGCUGAGAAUUUAAAUAUCCAUAACUACAAAAGUUGUAAAUAAAAAUAAAAUUCCACUCAA